AUGUCCUCCUCCACAUCUUCAACUAGACCAAUUGUCAUUUCAGGGCCAUCAGGUACAGGUAAAUCAACUUUACUAAAGAGGUUAUUUGCCGAGUAUCCAGAUAAAUUUGGGUUCUCUGUUUCAAAUACUACUAGAAAACCAAGAGAAGGUGAAGUCAAUGGUAAAGAUUACCACUUUAGCACUGUUGACGAAUUCAAAAAGCUAAUCGAUGAAGCCAAGUUUAUUGAAUGGGCGCAAUUCUCUGGUAACUAUUAUGGAACCACAAUCAAAGCUGUUAAAGAUGUUGCCGACCUGGGAAAGAUCUGUUUAUUGGAUAUUGAUAUGCAAGGUGUCAAGUCUGUUAAACAGACCGAUUUGAAUGCAAGAUACCUUUUCAUUAGUCCGCCAUCCAUCGAAGAGUUAAAGAGUCGAUUAGAAGGUAGAGGUACCGAAAGUAAGGAAAGCUUGGGAAAAAGAAUUGCUGCUGCUGAAGGUGAACUUGAGUAUGCAAACACUGGAGCUCAUGAUUUGAUAAUUGUGAAUGAUGAUUUGGAUAAAGCUUAUGCUGAGUUUAAAAAGUUCAUUUUGGAGGAAUAG